AUGGUGCUUGUACAGAUAUGUGGACAGCGCCUCUGUUUCAGUGAAAAAGUGGAUUUGCCCUGCGUCAGGCAUGUCAAACACCUCCUUGACGAGACUGCGGUAGACAGCCUCAAACUCGAGGUUCCAUUGUACCGGUAUAGUAAGGCCAAUCCUGACGAUGCGGAGGCCAUAUUCUCGGCACAGGGCGUAGGCGGCAUCUCGGAGGGCGGAGAGCAGUGCUAUCAGGCCUCUGCGGAGCUGGGCACGGAAUGCUGGGUCGUCUUUCCUGUUGGUAAGGCGGUGGACCGAGAGAUAUUGCUCCAGCAGCUUGUCCGAGGCAUUCGCGAGGGGGUAAAAGACAUAUUUCGCAGACACGCAUUGCCGACUGGGGAACUCGUCGUCGGUAAAAUAGACGUCCUCGAAGACAUCAUCAAAGACGUAAAGGGCCGAGGGAAAAUCACAGGGUGUGUGAGGGCCUGUGAGGACGUGGUACGUCCUGUUCUCGACCACGAUAUGCUUCGUGGUGCCCAAUAUCCGGAUGCAGGCGCGGCUGCGGUGGCUACCUAUGUCUAUGCUCAGACAGCUGUGGGUCAACUCUAUGUUAGUAACGGCGUAAGAUUCAGCGGGUGGGAGACAGACGAAUCGCAAUCUGCACAGGUGGCACUGGCACUGCCGCGCGAUGACGGCUUGACUCCUGUCAUCCCCCGCCAGCUCGGUGGUCCCGACCAGACAGCUCCGUGGCCAAGCACUUCAGCACAUGUGUCCUUUGCCGGGCCCGUCGAUCUAGAUACCUUCCACAUCAAGCAAGGAGUCUGGCUGAAGGCCGCUGGUCAAGACUUCGGUGUUCGUCAAACUCGGGUCUUACUGCAGUCAGAGAACGACCGCCCUCCUCGCGAGGGCAUACACAUAUGCCACGUCCUCGUUCUCUUCUUCGUCGACCAGCAACCCUGGAAGUCUCUUGGCCGGGUGGAUGCGAACCGCCGCGAAUGCCUUUCCCAAGGGAUCGUGGAUCGCGUGACAGUGGUCCGACUCCUGGGGGUCCUAAACCGCGACCUGAUCCAAGGCCCUCGGAAAGUCGAUCCCACUAUUCGAAUUCUGGUGAUUCUCGCCGACAAUUGGGAACUCAUUCGGCAAAAUCCCCCGUCAACCAACAAUACACCCACGCCGAAAUCAUCGGACCCUGUCGGCAACUUACCAACGACACCACGAUCGGCUGGCCCCGGAGCACUCACAAGCAGAAACCCGUUCUCUUCACUAGGCCGUGCUCAAAAUCCCACUUCCUCGCCUCAGAAUCCAUCUUCCGCGCCGGUUGCCCCAGAAACCGCGAAACGCGAAGCGACCGAACCACCAUCCAGCCCUGGAGCACGGCUAGACUCGAUCACGGCCGAUCCCGAUCAGAUGCCCACAGGUCCAUCUUCAGAUGGCGAUGACUCGAACGAUGGUUCGGACACAGAGGAACUAUUGAACGCUCAACUCGUCUCGGGCAGCAGUACCCCGACAAAGAAAAGGAAGGAACCAAGCUCUCCGGAACCGGCCAGAAGCAAGAGAUCCACAGCGGGAAGAAAGAAGGCGCGGCUGUAUGACUAG